AUGUCCUCAUCUGCCAACGACUUUGAAAAAGUUCUCCGUGCUUUUAUUCCGAAAGACCUCAUUCCGCCAACAUGGAAGUUUGACGAGAAUAAAAAAAGCAUAGAAAACAUCGAAUCUCUUAUGAAAUUCGGUCAACUCGGAAUAGUCGGGUCAGCCGAACAGCUGAAUAAGGAUAUCGGAAGCUACAUGUGUUUCCCGGGAGCCCCUCAACAUUUCGACAUGGACCCACUGGUUGCACCGUGUCCUUACGAUUACACAAGUUUGAAGAAUACAGUGUAUAUUUACAAAAGGGAUUUGUUGUUUGCAUUAAAGGAUAUUUGUCCGCUAAAAAACUGGCCAAGGUAUAUGGCCUAUUGGAUUCUGAAUGUGUGUUUGCAACAAAUGGAUUUUGGAAGUCACCAUGAGAUGAUCAUGAAACCGGAUAUCCAACAAAUUGCUAGGGACGGCGAGCGAGUUUUGAAAAAGUUGAUUGAAGUUCUCGAAUUAUCAGAAGAUUAUGAGAUUGUUUAUGAAGACCUCAAGAAAAAUAUGCUGGAUUUCUUACCUGUCGAAAUUAAAGAUGACAUUUCGGAAUGGAUGGAAGAAAUAAUCGAGGAAUAUCCAACCGAGAAGUAUUCCGUGGAACUAUCACAAAUCGUUACUUGGAUUGGAUUUAUUUUGGAGGCGAUUGAGGUUUAUCUUAGAAAAGAAUCCAUUCACUUGCCACCACUCAAUUCAGUAUCCUUGACGAAACCAGUCAUCCGUCUCUUCUCAAUUGACAAAAAUCAUUUUGUGAUGGCUCACGAGUUGCUUAAAACACUCAAGAAUCAUAACAUAGAUGUAUCCGAAUUCGAGAAGGAAGUAAAUGGAAUGCCGAAACUGUCAACAUUCACUUUCAGAGAAGUUGUACAGAAAGUCGAUAAAGAUGUUAUGACGAAUCUGGAAUUUGUGAAAAUGGAAGACUUUCGUUUGAUUUUUGCACAGACGCCGAUUCCUACUUAUGACGGGGGUUACUGUACUCUUGCAGUGGAUGCCCUCCGUGAUAUUCUGAUGGAUAUGAUCGUUGCAAAGAGGGUGUUCCAGACAAUUGAAGAGAAGGAUUGGAUUCAUAUCAAGAAAUUUUUUAAGUUAAUUGAAGCCUACUUCGAUCAGACCAGAGGAGUCUACUUUAUCGAUUUGAAGGAUGUCAAGACAAUCAAGGAGUCAUGGGAGAAUAUCUACAACACCCACCUAAAGCAAUCGGGCUCAAAACUGAAGAAGACUUCAAAAAUGACUGGAUCAAACUCUAGUCACUUGCAUCUAGCGGUGUUGCAGUGUCAACUGAACAGUCUCGUCAGAAAAGUUCCGAUGCUUCUGGAAUUCAUUCAUAAGCAAGGAGCAUGUGACAGGUUGAGUAUUGUGGGAUGUGAGUUGUGUAACGGGAAAACUCUGACUGAGGAAAUCGAAGAGCCACAAGGAUCUGAAAUUGGAGAAGAGCCGCCACAGAAGAAGCUAUCAUCAAAAGAUACAGAGUCAGAAUCCGAGAAAUUGAAUGCUGCUGAUACUCCAGAGAAGCCAUCCCAGAAAAAGAAGAAAUCGAAAAAGUCAAAACAACCCACCCCAUCUGAAGAAGUCAAACCGAAAGAAUCGAAUGCGUGUCCAAAAUGCGAACGAGCUGGAAAGUUCACGCGAGAAGCCAAUGAGAAGUUGAGAUUUUCGAAGAUUGAAGUGAAGCAACUGAAGAAGGAUCUUAUCAGAAAUCAAUUGGAAAACGAGGAGAUCAAACAGAAAGUGAUGGAUAAGGAUGAGAGAAUUCGGAUGUUGGAGAGACUUCUGGAAGAGAAGAAUGACCUCAUCAAGGAGCAAACGGCAAUGAUUGAAGAUCUCCGGAGAGUUGAGGAGAAAGAAGACAGUCACACUGUAUUUGAUGAGGACACUACAAAGAUUGAAGACGUUAAAUCCAACCUUCUGGCUAUCAAAGGAGUUCUUCACACUGAAAGUCCGGUUACCAAAUGCACUGAAAUCGUAAACCGACUCAUCAUGAAGACCAAAAACAAGGAAAUUAAACAAAUGGCAGGUAUGGAGAUGAGAAGAUUCACCAAGGAGGCUACGGAAUAUAUGGAAGGUGUGGAUGAUCGGCUUGCCAUGAUCCAAUGCAAUCAAUUUGACGCAGCCGAAGAAAUUCCAGAGCUCCCGGAAUUCCCUGUAUUCUCACAAGGAUUCUUAGAAGCUUACAAGAAUAUUCUGAAGUCGAGACCGCCCAUUAUCUGCCAACAACUCCUAUCCUCGUCAGGAAAUGCUUCAGAUGAGUUAGAAGACACCGAGUGUGUGAUCUGUCUUAACAACAUGGACCUGGAGGAAGAAACUACAAAAUGCGGGUGUUGCAAGAGGAGAUAUCACAAUGGAUGUAUUCAAGAUUGGCUGAAAGUGAAGAUGACUUGUCCAACUUGCAAUUCAGGACUUUUGGACGAGCAGGAGUUUCCAGUGUUGGUCUAA